AUGGCGAAUCGUGCAGAAGAACUAGAUCCCGAUGUCUGCUGUAUCGAUGAUCUCAAGUCCCGGGCCAGCGUCCAACUACCACAGAUGUACAGAGAUUAUUACAAUGAAGGACCCAUGGACCUCCUGACCCUGCGUGACAAUGAAGCUGCCUUCGACCGGUACAAGAUUAGACCCAAAAUUCUAGUCGACGUCAAUUAUAUAGAUACCAGUUCCGAGUUGUUUGGUACAAAGGUGUCGUUCCCCCUGGGCCUCAGCCCCACGGCUAUGCACAAAUUAGCCCAUCCCGAUGGGGAGGUUGCCACAUCUCGGGCGGCUGCUGCGACAGGAAUCUCAAUGGUACUAUCAUCUUACUCGACCUGCUCGAUAGAGGAUGCUACGGCCCAAGGGCUAGAAAUCCCGUAUGCCAUGCAAAUGUGUGUGCUGAAAGACCGUAAAAUCACAUUACAUCUUGAAGCGCGCCGAGGUGGCUGUAAAGCUCUUUUCCUAUCUGUUGACAAUGCCGUGCUGGGAAAGCGGCUCAACGAGUUUCGGAAUAAAUUUGAAUUGCCGGUUGAUAUGACUUGGCCUAACAUUCUUAGUCAUAGCUCAGUUCAUUCAGACGGUGUUUAUUAUGAUGCUGGUAUGAACUUGGAAGAGACAAUUCCGUGGUUGAGAGACAAUUCCAAUCUUCAGAUCUGGUUGAAAGGUGUGAACCGGGCAGACGACGUGCAGCUAGCUAUUAAACUUGGAUUGGAUGGGAUCGUUAUCUCUAAUCAUGGUGGUCGACAACUUGACGGUGUACCUGCAACCUUGGACGUCUUGCGAGAAUGCGCACCUAUCGCGACUGGAAAAGUUCAUCUUGCAAUUGACAGUGGUAUUCGUCGGGGAUCGGACAUAUCCAAGGCAUUGGCACUAGAUGCUAGUCACUGUUUUAUCGGCAGAGCUGCCGUGUGGGGACUCGCAAAGGGUGUUGAGCUAGGCAUCAAAAUUCUUUUGCAGGAGCUGCGUAUUACGAUGGCAUUAGCAGGCUGUCGCUCGAUCAAAGAUAUUGACAGUAGCUUCUUAUCUGUCCUUCAGCCCAACGGCAUUUUGGCGAAGCUUUAG